CCCGUGGUCUGGAUUGCGGGUGCCGUUAAACAUCGACGGAUAUCGAUCUAAACCAUGGGCAUUUUCGUCAUUCCAACUGAAGCUAUGAAGGUUUAAAGCACCCACGUCUUCUCCACUGCCCGAGAGAAGGGCUCCCCAAGAUCUCGAUUGUUCGUCCAAAGCAGAUAAAAACAAGCACUAUAAUUAAAAUAUAUAAAAGAUAAAAGAGCAACGAAAAGUUCCUCUCGCUCGCUCGCCAUCGAUCUCGACGGAAGCAAGAGGAGAACCCUCGAGCUCUCCGCUGGCAGACGCGAUCUGGGAUCAUGAGCGGCAUAGGGCUUCUUAAAAUCAAACCCUCGGAUCUCAAAUUCCCAUUUGAACUCAAGAAGCCGAUCACUUGCUGCAUGCAACUGACCAACAAGACCGAUCGGUAUGUCGCCUUCAAGGUUAAAACAACCAAUCCGAAGAAGUAUUGCGUGCGCCCCAACAUGGGAAUCAUUUUGCCCCAUAUGACAUGUAGUGUCACAGUCCAGAUGCAAGCUCAAAAUGAAGCACCUCCUGACAACCAAUGCAGGGACAAGUUCCUUAUUCAGAGUGUUGUGGCCGCAGAUGGAGCGGCAACCAAGGACAUAACCCCUGAAAUGUUCAAUAAGGCACCUGAUAAGGUAGUUGACGAGUUUAAGCUGCGGGUUGUUUAUAUUCCUGCUAAUCCUCCCUCACCAGUUCCUGAGGAACCAGAAGAGGGAUGGUCCCCAAGGACAUUAGAUAAAGGAACCCAAACUUCAUCCUCGUUCGACAAUCUAUCAAAUUCUCAUGAAGAACCAUCAAAGGGAAAAUCUCCAGAGGCACUAACCAUGAUUUCCAAGUUAACCAAGGAGAAAAGUGAUGCUAUUCAGCAAAAUCAGGAACUCCGACAAGAGCUGUGUACUGCCAGAAUUCAUUGGUGAGCAAUAGAGCAUGUUGGAAGACAGAAUUGAUGGGUAGUUGCCGCUGAUGGAAAAUGUCAAGACUCCUCAAGAACCAAAUCGACCAAAGUGUAUAAAAAGCAGUAGGGACGAAGACCUUUGCAAAGAAUUUGAAUUGGGAGUGGUAACGAGGAAGACCUUGGAUAGAAGUCAGCUCACAAAAUAUGAGUGAUGAUACUGUUCCAUUAAAGCCAAACUCCUCUUACAUUUCUGCAAUUAAAGAAGAGGUGAUCUAGUGGUUUAAUAUCCUGAUUUCAUCUUUAGAUACUGGAUUACCAAUGCUCCUAGAGUUCAAUGCUAACGAUGGCAGUUUUUCCCAAGCCAACUUCCAAAGAAAACAAAGUGUCCUGUCAUGAUUUUUCACUUUUAAUACUGAAUUUAAAUUAGGCUUAUCAUGACUUACUACUGGGAGCAUGAGAUGGCACCUCCUCCACUUUGAUUCUUCACCUCCUAAUCUCUCCCCAACAUAAAACAUCAUCACCUCAAAUGGAUGUGGGAACCUGCAAAAUUUGAUGGAUCGGUGUGGUGAGAAAGAACUCAGCAAUAAUUUGAGAAUUCAAUUCACCACUAUCAUGGAGUAAUGUACCAACAGUUGUCAAGCGAUUCAACAUUGUUAGCAAAUAGACAUUUGUCACAAAGGAGUGGAGGAGAACCAGGGCUGGGUGGCUGUGUUAAUAGCUGUACCUUAACCAACAACCCAUAUAAAAUGAUCUUGAAGAAGCCUUCUCAUUUCUUCAAUAGGAUUCCAUAAAAGUGAGCUACUUGAAGGUAGAACAUAGGAGUGCCACUCUCCAUUAAAGCUGCAUCUGAGAAUCAAGACUCUGAAGGUGGCUUUCCAAGAUUGUGGCAUGUUUCUGGUUCUCAUAAAGUGCUUAACGCAUUGCUGAUGUCCUGUUUGACUAUGCCUCAAUAAGCUUUGUAAAAACCAAGGGGAGAACCAUCAGGGCUGGUAAUCUAUCAGAUGCCAUGGUUCAGAGAGCUGCUUCAACCUCAUCUUUUCCAACCUCAUGACAGCAGUGGUAUUGAUCCGCAAUUGAUAGAACAUUUGGCACAGGAGAAUCCAGUGGGAUGCAAUUAACUUAUUAAACCUGCCCGCUAGUGUAAAAGUUACAACUCAUCCUUAGUAUUCUGAUCUUCAUCAAUGGUUUCUCCUGAGGCUCUGAUGAUGGCACAAAUUCUGUUACUUUGCUGCUUGAUUCCGGUGGUUUUGUUAAAAAA